UUUUAGUGACACAAUCACACAACCAUUCAUUGUUUUCCUCCUCCUUCCAUUUUCAGAAACAUCUCUAUCUCUCUGAAUUUAUCUGCACAUAAAGUUAAAGAAUAUUGAAUAAAGAAUAAAGAAUUUUCUUUACCCUAUGGUAAAUUUCCCUCACAAAAAAAAAAAAAAAAAACCAAACACUUUUUUCCACAUUCCAUGUGAUGUUGUAUUUGACAAUCUGUUCAAUAGAUGGGGGACCAUUUCACAAAACUCCAAUCUUUCCAUAAGAAUACAGAAACCAACUCAUUUUAAUCUCAUAAAUAAAUCAUACAACUUUAUAGAUUAUUGCUUAAAUCAUAGAACUUUAUAUAUAUUAUAAAGUACAUAAACAUGUCUACAAAGUAUUAAUAUUUUUUCUUAUGUUUAUUUAACCUUUGAUUAAUUUGUUUCUGCAGAUAAAAUGAUUGGGGGUUGAAUCCAUGAGUGGUCCUUGUGUUUCAUACCAUCCCAACAACACAAACACAAACCAUUCAAAAACAACAACAUUAAAUAAAUUGUCACAAUGACAUGUGAUGAUAAUAAUAACAAUAAAGUUUAGAUUUUUUAUGAGAAGAAACUAAGAAAAAAAUGGGUUCUGUUGGAGGAGAAGAGGCAAUUGAAGAAGCUGGAAAAAAUCAUGAAGAAAGAAUUCGAGUUUCGGUUCGAAUUCGGCCUUUAAAUGAUAAGGAAAUUGCAAGAAAUGAUGUAUCUGAUUGGGAAUGUAUCAAUGAUACUACAAUUAUAUAUAGAAAUAACAUUUCAGUUUCUGAAAGAUCUUUAUAUCCUACUGCAUAUUCAUUUGAUAGAGUAUUUAGAUCAGAUUGUGGAACAAGGGAGGUGUAUGAAGCAGCAGCCAAAGAAGUUGCUCUUUCUGUUGUUAGUGGAAUCAAUUCAAGCAUUUUUGCUUAUGGACAAACAAGCAGUGGUAAAACAUACACCAUGAGUGGUAUAACUGAAUGCACUGUAGCUGAUAUUUUUAACUACAUUGAGAAGCACAUGGAGAGAGAAUUCAUGUUGAAGUUUUCAGCAAUUGAGAUUUAUAAUGAAUCUGUCAGGGAUCUUCUUAGUCCAGAUUGUAUUCCUCUUCGACUUCUUGAUGAUCCAGAGAGGGGGACAGUUGUUGAGAGACUUACUGAGGAAACUAUAACAGAUUGGAACCAUUUUACCGAACUUAUUUCUUUUUGUGAAACACAAAGGCAGAUAGGAGAGACAUCACUGAAUGAAGCAAGUUCUAGAUCUCAUCAGAUUCUUAAACUGACAGUUGAAAGUUCGGCACGCGAAUUCCUUGGAAAUGACAAGUGUAGCUCUCUUUCUGCUUCAGUGAACUUUGUUGAUCUUGCUGGAAGUGAAAGGGCAUCCCAAACCAAUUCAGCUGGUGCCAGGUUGAAAGAAGGUUGCCACAUAAACCGUAGUUUACUAACUCUAGGAACUGUUAUCCGCAAACUCAGUAAGGGAAGAAAUGGACACAUUCCUUUCAGAGAUUCAAAGCUAACGCGCAUAUUGCAAUCCUCAUUAGGAGGCAAUGCUAGAACUGCAAUCAUCUGUACCAUGAGCCCUGCACGGAGCCACGCUGAACAAACCAGAAACACACUCUUAUUUGCAAGCUGUGCUAAAGAAGUUGAAACUAAUGCACAAGUCAAUGUAGUGGUGUCUGAUAAAGCACUAGUCAAACAAUUACAAAAGCAGUUGGCUAAACUGGAAAGUGAAUUGAGAUAUUCAGGAUCAUCCCGUCCUAAUAUUUCUGAUUCUUCAGAAUUGUUGAGAGAGAAAGAUCAAGAAAUUGAGAUGUUAAAGAAAGAGGUAAGGGAGCUGACAUUGCAGCGUGAUCUUGCGCAAAUUCAAAUUAAGGACAUGCUCCAAGAAGCUGGAGAUAACGUGUCUUGUUUAAUAGGAGUGGAGAGUUUAGUAGGUCCCCGGUAUCCCAAACUGCGCGUGAGAAAUACAUGGAACUUUGAAAAUCAAAGACAGGAACCGGAACCAGAACCAGAACCGGAACCAAAUGUAUUAAGUAUUGACUGUGAAGAAAGUGUUAGGUCCUUUGAUGCAUCUCAAUAUUCAGAUGGACAUAGUAUUAGUUCUGAUGAUAAUUUGUUCCAACUCCCUGACCUUGAAAAGAAUCUUAUGGUUAGAAAUUCUUCACCAAGGCUAUCAGUUACAAGCAUUAACAAUGCUUUACAGAAUGAUUUGGAUCAGAAAAACAUUGAAGAUCAGAAUGAAGAGGACUAUUGUAAAGAAGUUAGGUGCAUUGAGAUAGAAGAGCCUAUCACAAACACACAUGCACAUACAAACUCAGAAGAUUUAAGAUCAAAUACAUAUACUGAUUCUAGUGCAUCAUCUCCUCAUCAAGCAAAGACAGAUAUGUCAGGAUUGAUUGUAGUCGAUGCUGAGAACAAAAACGAUACAGAUUUGUGCUCGUCGGUGUUAAAGGAAGACCAUAGACUGAUCAAUAUGCGCGAAUAUUUUGCUUUUCCGACUCCAGAAAAUAGUACUCCUUGGAUGAUAGAAAGUAAUAGAAGUAGUUCUAGUUGUAGAUCUUUGAAGUUGAGCCGAAGUAGAAGUUGUAAAGCUGGUCUCAUGAGGAAUUUAUCUUCCGAUUGGUUUGAAGAUGAUGAUGUGAUUCAGAACACACCUCCUAUAGGGAAUGAAAAAGACUUUUCUGGAAGACCUGAGGGAUUUCCGAGGAAGGUUCAUACACUACAUUAUAAUGCAAAUGCAGAGAGGAAUUCUAUGGAAAAUCCUGCUUCUGAUGAUGUACAGAUUGUGAAAUCAUUCAUUGACAAGGAAAGUGAGAGCAAUGGUCCUUUAACUCCAAAAACAAAGGAAACAGAAAAUCUUAAGAGACUGAAUUUACUUGAUGACCAUGAGGUUCCUGGGACAGGAUUGGAGGUCAUCAUGUCCGGAAAGAAUGUCAAAGAUAUAGGUUUGGACCCAAUGCAAACUGAUGGAGAAAGUGAUUCAGACUGGCCUUCAAAAUUUAACAGGCUGCAAAAGGAGAUUGUUGAACUCUGGGAUGCUUGUAAUAUUUCCUUGGUUCACAGAACUUACUUUUUCCUUCUCUUCAAAGGGGAUCCAUUAGAUUCUAUUUAUAUGGAGGUAGAACACAGAAGGCUAUCGUAUCUUAAGCAAACUUUUUUACAAGGCAAUAAGACUCUUGAAGAUGGAAGAACACUUACCCCUGAGACAAGCAUGAGAUAUCUCAAAAGAGAGAGGCAAAUGUUGUGCAAUCAAAUGCAGAGGAAGCUAUCUAAAUCAGAUAGAGAAAAUUUAUAUUUGAAAUGGGGCCUUCGUUUGAGUUCAAAGCAUAGGAGGUUACAGUUGGCUCAUCAUUUAUGGACUGACACAAACAACAUGGAUCACAUUAGAGAGAGUGCAGAAGUUGUUGUAAAAUUGGUUGGUCCAGUAGAGCCAGAACAAGCUCUUAAGGAAAUGUUUGGCCUCAACUUUGCUCCAAGGCCCACAAGUAGGAAAUCUUUUAGUUGGUCUUUUACUAACAGUAUGAGGCAGAUUUUGUGAGUUUGGAUUACUUUUUUUUAGGUAGUUUGUUAUGACCAUGUUAAAAAUUUCAAGGUCUUAUAUAUAUGUAACAUAAUUCUCCUUUCUCCAUAUGUUGUGAUUUUUUGUUGUAUGUUUCUAACUCUUAUUUAUAUUGAUUGUAAAUGUGUUAUUGUUGUAAGGUUAUAGGUUUGUUCAUAUAUUGUAGACUCUCUGCAAGAGUCCAAGUAUGGUUAAAUAUGAUUGUUGACUGGAUUUCUUAAAUGCUAUAUGAUUUUCUUUGUAAA